AUGAGGCGGCUACGGCGUUUGGCCAUGGUGCUGAGCCUCUUUCUGAUCCUGGCCGACAUGGGUUCUCAUGGACUUGCGCGGGAGAUCACCAGAAAGAUCCAUGGAGACCAGAACAGGAGGCGACCGUCGAGAGAGCCGCGUUCUUCAACCGUUACCGCAUCGGUCGUCGUUUCCGUCGAGCAUCGUUGCAAGUCCAAGGUGGUUGCCUUCUGCAGCUCCGUCGGAAAGGACGAGAAGACCAACUCCACCAUGGACGAUGACAAGCGGGUCGUGCCCACCGGCCCAAAUCCCUUGCACAACAGAUGA